AGGAUUUCAAAAUAGAGGGAUAAGACAAUUUAUGAUAAUGGCACCUUUAGAUGGAAAUAACACUCUCAGACCCAACUUUGAUUAUAAUUAUUCUUUUUACUCCAUUUUUUUUAUAGCUUUGAACUAUUUAGGGGUGGGGGAGGACCCGGGCUUGCUGGCGUGGCCCUCCUUUGAACCAGCCACUGAUCAUCUGUUGAGAAGAAUUUAUUGGCUAGAUAUACAAUGGUUGAUGAGUGGAGGAUACUGAUUAUGUUUUUGUCAAUAACAAGAAAACUUAUCCACUCUCACUUUUGGAAGACACGACUGGAUCAUUACCUAAAAACAUUUAGCUAUACUCAUAAAUUGGCUACACUGUUCCCUGGAAUACCCUCAACAGUCAAAUCAAAUUUUACAAAUGAUGUGAGCAAAAUAAAGAAAAAAAAGUGUCGCCACAUUGUCCAUAGACCGAAUGUCAGUACGAGACAAGUGCUAAAUACUAUCUUUCCGGAAUGUGAAAUCAGUUCAGGACAAAGUCUGUCAGGACGGGACACAUUGAACAUGAGAAGGAAAUUUCUCAUUGAUAGUUCUUUAUACUUGACGACGAGUAUGGAAAUUGUGGAACAAAAUUAUACUUGCGAGUCUUUCUCUCUAAUUAUUGACUUUGGUAGGUUGAUGGCACACAUCGGUUUGCAGGAAAUGACAAUUGAGGACGUCUUUACAGACAAGAAGUUUCAAAGAACAGUUUCUUCUGCAGUACUAGAGCAGUGUGCUUCUAUGUCAGAUGUUGUUUUUGUGGAUGCUCUUCUACUUUUGUACAGGCUCAAAAUCACUAUUCAAAACAGUCAUGUAUUGGAGUCACAGUGUCUUCACAGACUGGAAAGUUUGUCUUUGAACCAGACCCUCCUAAUAGCAGACUGGUGGAUUUUAUCUGGUUGUAAGUCACAAAAGUAUCACCAAAAGAUGCUGGAGAUUGUCAGAAACUCUUUAAACCAGCUUUCUAUUGACCACAUUCUUCAACUUUGUUACUUUGUAAGCAUGUAUCAAAAUGUACCAGGAUCAUUUUUCAAUCAGAUUUUGAGGCGUCUGAACGAACAAGUUGAAAAUCUCUCAUGGAGUGGAAUUGUCAAUGUGUGCUCGGCUAUAAUAAAGUGCAAAGAAAAAAUUGAACACAAUGAUAGGCUAUUGUAUCUAAUUGGGGAUCAUGCAUUACAAAAUAUGCAAGACAUCAGUGGACAUGAAUUAACAAUCAUUCUCCGGAGUUUCUCUAGACUUUAUUUCUUUCACAACAAGUUCCUUGAAAUAGCAGUUUUACAUUUGACAGAGAAGUUGAAUGAUAUGACAAUGGAGAUGUUAGCACACAAUGUAUUUGCAUUGUCCAGAUACAGAGUUCUCCACCAACCACUCAUGGACAUGGUUGCAAAAAUUGUCACUGAGGAGCCUGCCAUGAAUCUUCGCAUAAAAAGUAUUUGGAUGUUGCUGCGAGGAUUUGCACGAUUGAACUACGAACCCCCUAAUGCCAAUGCAUUCUUUGAAAAAUGUGUUGACCUGAUGCAUCAGCGCAAGCAACAAUGUAAACAAUAUCCGUUCCAGUUCUUGAGGGCACUUAUUUCUCUUGCAUAUCUGAAUAGAUAUUAUAACAGUCUUCUUGAUGUUGUCUUUCAUCCAGAAUUUCUUCAAAGGUGCAUUAAAUUAUCGCCCUCUGGAGUUGAGAAACAUCUACAGUUGCUAAGUACCUGUGUUGAAAUCGACAAUCCUGAUUUCAACGGACAAAAAUUGAGGAAGAACUACUUCAAUGUGCAUCACGCUGGAUCAUUACAAGUUUCGUCUUUUAUGCGAGAUUUCAAAACUGAAGUUAAUGAAAUUACAGAGAUGUUGCAGAGUCUAGCGGGUGGCCUGGAAUACAUCAAGUUGCACUGUAUACUUAACCAUUCUGGUUAUUUUAGUACGGUAGCAGAUAUAGAAAUGCAUUUGGGUGAAAAUGGAAAACCAAUUCCAGUUGUUGAUGAAGAGGUAUCUUCUGCAUCAAAACCUGUUACCAAACUAGCUGUGAUAGUCAUCUCUCAAAGCCACCAUCUUCAAGACUCUGACCGACUUCAUGGUGCUCAGGCAAUGAAAGUUAGGCACCUAAGAAAGCUUGGGUAUAAUGUUGUACAGAUACCAAGCAGUGAAUGGAAUGCCAAGCUUAGCAAUAAUGACAAGAGGAUAUACUUGACAUCUAAAUUAUCUUUAUCUGUGGAUUGAGAAUAACUAGUGGUAGGAGAAAUAUGUGUGGCAAUGACAAGCCAAACCAGUCACUUGUCGCAAAUCGUGUUUCAGAGAAAAUGGUCAAAACAUGCUGGAAUGUCAAAAUUUAAAAAAAAAUCUAUUUUAUUGCACUAAACUAAGCUUUAUAUGUUUAUACAUCAUUCUAUGCUGUUAUUUUCCCCAUUUUCAAAGUUAAAACAACAAUUUUUAAGGCUUUGAAUGAUUUUUUUUUUUACCACUACCUAAUUUUCUUUCUAAAUCUGCACCUGUACCAUAUUUACAAAUUGUAAUUUAUAACUAACAAUAUAAACUACAGCCCUGGCACAGGUCUAGUUUUACCAUUGUAUAGCUCUUAUUUUAUCUUUAAUCCUGUAUUAAUAAUUCAAAAUUUAUUUUUGCGAUGAGUGACUGGUUUGGCUUGUCUUUGCCACAUGUUGAUUCCAGUAUUCAGGUACUUGUGUAGUUGGAACUACUGUACUACACAUGUCAUUGGUCAAUGCAUAUAAACAAAUAAAAUCUUAUUUUGUCUACAUUUUAUAGUUUUAAUGAACAUAC